AGUAGUAUGGUGGACCAGUGGCUCAUCAGGCAGGAGAUAAAGCGCCUGUGGAUCUAGUACACACUAUGUAGCCAGGUAGUAUGUUCCCUAUGUAGCCAUGAUCCAUGCCAGUUACCAUGAGCACUUCACUGAGUUAAUGUUGGUUACUGAAAUAGUUCACCGCACGUUUUUACCUUAACAAUGAAGCUGAAAGAACUGGAGAGUUGCUUACAGCAAGUGGACGGGUUUGAGGAACCAAAGAUCCUCCUUGAACAGUAUCCCACAGGCCCGCAUAUAGCAGGUUGCAUGCUUUACACCAUCCACAAUUCAUUUGAUGACAUUGAGAAUAAACUGGUUGCUGAUCUGGGGUGUGGAUGUGGAGUGCUCAGUAUAGGAGCUGCUGUCUUGGAUGCAGGAUUGUGUGUAGGCUUUGACAUUGACAGUGAUGCGCUGGACAUCUUCAAACGAAACGUGGAGGAAUUCGAGCUGCCGAACAUCGACAUGGUUCAGUGUGACAUCCUCUCUAUUGGAUCUUUAUACACAAAGAAAUUCGACACAGUGAUCAUGAACCCUCCGUUUGGCACAAAACACAAUCAGGGUAUAGAUAUGCAGUUUCUGAAAACGGCCCUGUCUAUGUCAAAAGGAGCUGUUUAUUCUCUUCAUAAGACUUCCACACGAGAUCACAUACAGAAGAAAGCGAAUGACUGGAAAGUGAAAAUGGAAGUAAUCGCAGAACUUAGGUAUGAUCUACCAGCAUCGUAUAAGUUUCAUAAAAAGAAAUCGGUUGACAUCCAGGUGGACUUUAUUCGAUUCAUCCCAGCAUGAAAAUUUUGAUUUUCUCGUUUGUUGGUUUUUUAUUCAACUUUCUCCUGACACUUUUUUCUAUUGUAGAUAUGUUUUAAAAUAUUUUGUUCUGCAUUACGUCUGGACUCGUAAUGUUGCUUUAACAUUUCUUGAUGUAUGAAGUCAUUUAGUGUAGUUUCUAUGAUUGUUCACUAGAUGGCAGUGAUGCAAUUGACUUGUCUGACACUUGAAGAGAAUUAUGAUGUACAUGAGGAAUAAAAUGUACAGCAAUGAUA